AUGGAUAAGAGAUAUUUUAUUAUUAUUGAUGAAACGGUGGAGUCUCAAGCACCUUUUUUCGCUCAAAAUCCUAUAUUUCAAACAUGGUUACGUGCUUAUAAUAAUGUACCUGAAGCCUUAAAAUUUAUAUCUCAAAUAAAAUUACCAUAUAGUAUAAAUGUAUAUCUAGCAAGAGAUAAUAUUUUUGAUGAUGGUUUACCAUCAAACAUAAAUGGUCAAAUACCUACUCUUAUUCAAACUUUAAAUGAUUUACAGACAGUUCAUCUUGUUACUAUAUUUACUCCCAAUAUAAGUACUGAUACUCAACCACAAAUUCGUGCCGUUACUUCUUAUCCAAGAUUGAUAAAAGACGUCAUUUCAGUGGUCGAUUUACAUGGAUAUAUGUGUUUAGAAGGUACAUCCUAUUUUGACCAGGAAAUAUCUCGUUGUAUUGUUACAAAAGAAGCACAUCUUACACAAAAUUUAAGUCAAAAUAGAGAAGAAUUAAUGAAAUAUUUGGAAAGAGUUCAUAAUGAUCGACAACAAAUACUAAAUGUUAUAGUAGAAGAACAUUUUAAUAAGCCCAGUGAAGAAUCACAAUAA